CGGCACUGGAUUACUCUGAUACGGCUCACCUCUGUGAAGACGAAAACAAUACGGAUUAAAGCAAAAUCAAACAGAAGAUCAUGGCAUAUUUGUCAUGUAAAGCGACCACUGUAGAUGAGAAUAGACUGCUUUAAUAGUGGUGUUCUUACGGCUUUGGUGCUUAUCAAGCAGAUACGGUUACAGUAACUGUAAGAAUCCAGGCCGGGAUUUUGAAUACCUAAACACAACCCGUUCUAGUCUCUGAAAAAGGACAUUUUCAAGUUACAGCCGGUCAGAGCAAGCCUUGUGGGAAGGGGGUGUGUUGAAAUUUGGCAAAGCUUCCGGUCCGUAGUCUGAAUAGCGCUGCUGAAUCUCCAUCAGGAGUUCGUCAAAGCAGUUGAGAAGAUUCAAGGUGCGACGAACUGAAAAUGGUACCGAAAAGCAGGCUUGGGAAGCGUUCCCCACUGGGCACCCUGGUGUGUGGCUCCUCAGCGGAUAGCCUGACAGAAACAGGGCCCCAUGGAUGCCCGGAAAGUGGGCUUCACAGAAGCAAGCUUUACCCUGGACAGAAGGUGUAUGUGCACUGCGGAGGACAAGAAUGUGGAGGUGUGGUCGAACAGCAUAACCACGUGGACAAUGAGGUGUCUAUCUUCCUGCCCCAGCUUAACCAGCACGUUCAUCGCAAGCUGGAAGAUGUAUGGACAAACCCCACGUCCAGUCCUAACUCCUCAGUCUCCUCGUCCAUUGAUGUGCCAAGAAGGAAUCCAGAGACAGUGGAUAUGGAUGAGAUUAUGGCUGCAAUGGUGCUUACAAGUCUGUCGUGCAGUCCAGUCAUCCAACACACAACUCCAGGGAGCGUAGCUUCGGCUUUGUGUGGAAUGGAAAAUGGUGGUGGUGAACUGUCUGAUGGUGGAUAUUGGAGCUGCGACCAUGGAAACGGAAGCCCCGCCCCAUCCCCACCCAUUGCAGAGAUGGACAAGAGCGCCCCUCUCGUUGAUGAAGGCCUGGACAUGGAACUGGACCAAAUGUUAUUUAAUGAGCCAACGCCAAGAAAACGCAAGAACUCAGUAAAAGUAGCAUAUCGGUGCUUGUGGCCAAAAUGUGGAAAAAUACUGACCUCAGUUGUUGGCAUCAAACGUCACAUCCGAAAUUCUCAUCUUGGACAAAGUGAUGAGCACUCGCAAAGAGAAGAAGACUUCUACUACACUGAAGUCUAUCAGGACUUGGAGCAGACAGCUCCCCCUGCUGGCCCCCGGCCCUCCUGUGCGUCCCCUUGCAGUCCCACCCGACACAGGCCUCCUUCUCCCUCCACCCCGGAGACGCUCCAUCCCAGCCCGCUCAGCCAGUCGGCCCCGAGCAGCUCCUGGCAGGUCCAUACCGAGCACUCUUACCAGGCUCAUCCACCCAUUCCGGUUGUGACUCCGUGUAAACCAGUUUCUGUUCCUGUGUCCUGUCAUUGGACUCCGUCUCUUACAGUUCACCAGAGCAAACAGGGAUCACCAUUCCGCCGUCGUUCAGUUAGUGUUGGUGAACAGUGGCUCCAGAAUAACAGCGCCUCUUUCAGGCCACAUCCUGCCAGUGUUUCACCUCCAAGAAACCAUUGCACUUCCAGGAGGAUUCGGGGCGAAGCCAAGAAAUGCAGGAAGGUGUACGGCAUUGAACACCGAGACCAGUGGUGCACUGCCUGCCGCUGGAAAAAGGCCUGUCAGCGAUUCCUCGACUGAAUCCUUCUUGAGAUUGGAAACGGAACACUAACCUUACAAAGACUCACAAGAGGGGAACUGAUCUGGAACUGUGGUUGGAAGAAACCAAAAGAGCACCUUUGUGACUUAACUUUUUUCUACUUUUUAUCACGAAUACGUGUUUUGCGUUUUAUUAAAUGUGCUAAAGAGCCAUGUUGGUGCUGGAAAAAAGAUAAAACAAAAAAGGACAGCCUCUGCCCCACAACUCCUGCAGUCUUCCUGCAUCUUAUACCAUAUCAAGAAUUGAAGAAGUGUUACCUUCCGUUUACAUGCAGUAAGCAGCCAUAUACUUCAUGUAUAUGCAUGUUAUUUAAUGAGGUUUAAACAUUAACGGAUGGAAGUUAAUUUAUCAUUCCGACUUAAUUGCUGAAAUGAGACGGGAGAGAGGUCUUUACUGCAGUCCGAUGCUUUCAGGGGCAAAAUUGGCAGCUUACCGUUAAUUGUAGAUUGACAAGAAAGCAGAGUAAAUGUUUCAGUAUCAUAUAACGUUUGUUAAUGUAUGCCAUGUUUACCUGCUGAUACGCAGUUUUUUUCUUCGAUUUCCAGUGUAAAAUUUUGUAAUACAAACUUUUGAACAGGAAACAGGAUUUUGUAUUACCAUUUUGAUAUCUGCAACGUGUUAAAUCGUGUGUCAUGUCAUUAUCGUUGUAUAUGUCACAGGUUAUACUUCUGUGAAAUGAGACCGUUUGCUUUUCUGUCGUGUCAUUAUUAUUAAGGAAGUAUUUGUGUAAACAUGCAUGAUCUGAUACAAUUUAUUCAGUUACGUUUGUGCUUCUCGCCCCAGUCCGCUCACUUGCUGUUCGUUUGUUUGGUCCGUGUUCUUGCCAAAGACAAAAAUCUCAGCAAGAUAAUACAUCGUUGGCAUCUCUGCAAAAUAAUGUGAAAAAAUAUCUGUUGACCAUUUAUGAGUUUGAUUGGUUCAUAUUCUUAAUACUGGGUCCACAUAUUUUCUUAUUUCGAAGAACACUUUAAUGUGUCAUCCUUUUUGUUUUUAUAUAGCUCAACUCUAUUCUUUGCAAAGCUUGAGGCUUUGACAUUAUUAAAACUGAAUGUACCUUAUCCUGAAGAUCUCCAGAAGUCUUUAUGCAUUUCCAACAGUCAGUGUCAUAGCUGUGUAAGAACAUCCUGGUCUGAGAGACAUUCAAUUAACCUCAUGGAGAACAAUAUUUUUGUACAUUUUUGUAAAGUACUUCCAAAGUAUUUCCUUUUAUGAAAUGUCUUGAACUGUCUGAGAUCUGUAUAGGUAAAAGUAGUACUUCUUUUCAUGAAUCUUAUGUUGCUUCAUGACUUUUUUUAAAUAAACUUUUGUGCAAACA